AUGGUGUUGGAUUCAUUGUGUGAUCCCUGGAAUGCUCAGGAUGGAGAAAGUCAGUCAGUGAGUGAAAGUAGUACAUCAAAAGAGCCACAGGAAUUUGAGGAUAAUUUUCAUGUGAAUAGUAAUCGUCUGCCCGACUCUGAUGAGUACAUUGCUGCUCUAGAAAAAAAAUUGUCAAAGCUCAAAAGUUCCAAGCAAAGUAGCUCUGGGGACUCUGGGACUAAGGAACUUUUGGCUUCAUUGCAAGAAUUCCGCGAAUCCUGCAUGGUGCGAUUGAUCUCUGGCUCAAACUCAGCACUCAUAUCCAACACAGAUCUAGAUCUAGAUUCUUCUUUACCGAAACUACCUUCCCAGUGGUUGCGCAAUCAAAUCAACCCUGAAACGCCACUAACCGUGGGAGAAGCUCUAGAGUUAUUGAAAGCAGAUUAUUUAGAAUUAAAUCAUAUUGAAACAACUCAGCAGGAAAUCUCAGAGCCGGAAAACUGA